GAAAACUUUCAUUUCUUCCAUUUUUACGCAAUUUUUGUCGCAAUGAGUAUCAAAUUGUUCUAAAACAACCUUAAAACGUUUAAUGAUUUGUACCACGCGCAUAUUUAUGAUUUCCUUUCGAGAGAUAAGUUUGUAGGGGUUAAAGGUCACCAUUAUCAUGGCGGGAAAAUCGAGGACCCUACAGGAGGCCCUAUGUUUAGCAGAGCAGGCCAAACUUGACCUGGCUGACCUGAACAGCAAUGUCCAGUCUCUGUACCUGAGUGAGGACAUGGGUGACCAUGAGGUCAGGCUACUGGAACUGGACAGCAGUAUGGUCAAGCAUCUAGAGGCUGGUAAUAGUCUGAUGGUGCGAGGAGACAAAGCUGACACGGCAGUGGUGUGUACAGAGGACAGCACGUUUGAACUCAAGUCUACACAGACUACCAACAGUCUGUUGUUACUACCAGAUUGUAGGGCUCCAGAACAACUUGUGACUGGGGAUGGCUGCCUGCUGAAUAAAGAGAUCUACAGCAUCUCACAUGUGUACCUGGAGCUGAAGCAGUGCAGACCCAAGUUAAAGAAGUUGCAGACAUUACUGCAAGAAAAUGUCUUCUCAGGACCAGAGUAUGAAUCAGAUGAAAAGCACAAAGGAAAAAAGUACACCACUGCAGACCUCCUCAGCCUCAUCCAGGCUAGCCAGAAAGAGCUGAUGGAAGAGCUAAGAAAACUGCACGCUGUUCACAUAGAUGGUUAUUGGAGACUUGUUGACUUUGACUACAUGGGAAACGUGCUGCAGUAUAUCAUUGACACAGUGGACUGUCAGUCCUGGUGCUACGACCAGAUCCCUACGGACAGGCUGCUCAGUAUGGAGGACAACGUAUAUCCCAGGGUUCUGUUGGAGCACUGUUUAGACUGCUAUGGAGACAGGAAAGGGAUGGAAUUUGAAGAAGGUUCGGAACAGGUCCAUGUGCUGGGCGAGGACAAGGUUUGUCGUUACUUUGCGGAGUACCUCCUGAAGGGGGUGGGGAAAUUCAACCUGGCCGAGUUCCUACAGACAUGGAAGGAGAGUGUUCCUGUUGGCAUGACAACUAACCUUGAACAGUUAGAGGGAGUAGCACUGAUUGAUAAGAAGAGCCACCCACAGGUGAUCUCACAUUUCCCAGUGACAGAAUUGCCGGAGGAUGCAUCAGACAGGUUCAACAGGUUGUUCCGUACUCGUGAGAAGUGGACGUUGGAAGACAUCACCCCUUACAUAAGGGAUCUGUGUGAGAAAAAACAGACAGUGGGCUCCCUUCUGACUAAGUUUGCCCGUGCUUCAACACUUCCAGACGGGACCAAAGUGUACAACUCCAGAGUACCUAUCAAGUAAUCACUGUAUUCUUCUGUACAUGUCUGUAUGUGUGGAGAGUCCAUGCGAUAAAUGGCCUUAUUGUAUAACAGAAUGGAUAUAUCUUGCUAGUCUACAUGACGGUAAAAGAUAUGUAUUCAUAUUGUGUAGAGAUAUACCUGAAGUAUGUUAGUUUGUUUGUCAGUUUGUCACAAGCUACAUAAGACCAGACUGGCUUGUACUUAAAAUGAGACUUAGGAGUAUGAGCCUCUCACACUGGAUGGAAGAGACCGCAUCUCAUCUUAGUAUUGCUGUUGGUGGUGACAUGGCAACAAUCUGUACUUUAUUAAUUGAAAAUUACAAACAAGACAAAAGUCCAUCACUUGUACUCUAUAGAGACCUAGCCUUUGUUGCUGACCCCGACAAUUUUUUUCAACUACGUGCAGUCUUCUGAUUGCAUGAUGAGGUCCAA